GCAAGCCAAAAGUCAAACAACCUACGCCGCAAGCAUCAUGGCGACGACGCAAAUGUUCGAGGACAUCUUUGAGAUCAAGCAGCUCAACCCCGAAGGGAAGAAGUUCGAUCGAGUCACGCGGCUUCUGUGCAAGGGCGUGUCGUAUGAACUAGAGCUCAUGCUCGACAUCAACUCGGAAGUGUUCCCGAUGAAGGUGCAUGAACAGUUCACGUUUGCGCUCGUGACCACCCUCGACUUGGAAGGCAAGCCGGACGACGGCAUCUUCGACCAAUCUGGCAAACCCACGCUCCUCGACCGAUACGACUAUGGCAUGUACGGCAAGGUGUUCCAGUACGACCACGAAGGCGGCAACAUGGUCGCGAUCUACGCCAGUUUCGGCGGCCUUCUCAUGUGCUUGCGCGGCGACCAAGCGCAUUUGCGCAACAUCCACAACGGCACCCGCGUGUACUGUCUCAUGCGCCGCCAAUAAACCUCUCGUCUAUAGGAACUUACUACCCUCUUUAUACUCCAACUCGUUUCCAAACUGCA